GCGCGCCAUUUUCUAAACAACAAAGUGUAUUUAAGUGAUCAAAAAUGUCUGAAUCUGCAGUUGCAACGGCCGCGUCCCCAGUGGCUGCCCCACCAGCGCCAGUUGAGAAGAAGGUGGCUGCCAAAAAGGCAUCUGGAUCCGCUGGCACAAAGGCAAAGAAGCCCACUGCACCGCCAUCGCACCCGCCAACUCAGCAAAUGGUGGACGCUUCCAUUAAGAAUUUGAAGGAACGUGGCGGCUCAUCGCUUCUGGCAAUCAAGAAAUAUAUCACAGCCACCUACAAAUGCGAUGCCCAGAAAUUGGCUCCAUUCAUUAAGAAGUAUUUGAAAUCUGCCGUCGUCAAUGGGAAACUGAUCCAAACAAAGGGAAAGGGCGCGUCUGGUUCAUUUAAACUGUCGGCGUCUGCCGCGAAGGAUCCCAAGCCAAAGGUUGCGUCUGCUGAGAAGAAAGUCAAAAGCAGGAAGGUAGCCGUUAAGAAGACCGGAGCCACCGCCAAGAAGGCUGCCGACAAAAAGCCCAAGAUCAAGAAGGCUGUGGCCACCAAAAAGACCGCCGAGAAAAAGAAAACCGAGAAGGCAAGGGCCAAGGAUGCUAAGAAAACUGGAACCGUGAAGGCAAAGCCAGCAGCACCAAAGACCAAGUCGACCGCAGCGAAGCCGAAGGCAGCUAAAGCACCCAAAACCAAGCCAGCGGCGUCUGCUAAGCCGAAAAAGGCGGUAAAGAAAGCAGCUGCCCCUGCUACAGCUAAGAAGCCGAAAGCAAAGACUACCGCUGCCAAGAAGUAAACUGUGAAAAAGUACAGUACCUGUACCUGGACGCUCACAGUCGCAAUUUAAGAUUUCGAAAUCUGAAAUUGAUUUAUACAGCCCUUUUCA